ACAUCCUACUACAGUAGUAUUUAGGUUCCAAGUGGGUCCGGUCCGGUCAUGGAGGGGCUCACUCCAUCAGUUUGUCACUCAUCAGUUGGUCGAAGAUAGUAAAAAAAUCACAUCUUUAAUUAUUUACAAAUUACAAUGUCCGGAGUGGUUCAGUGGCUCCCUUGUGUACGUAAUGUCUGUCCUCAACACUGGGACGCAUUCAUUCUACUGAAAUUCAUAUUCCGGGGUUAAUCGGUAUUUAUCGGUAACAUUUCAAACUUCCAGGUUUCACGGAAGGAUUUUGCAACAUGAAAAACGUGGGAAAAAUGGGAGUUCAUUAUCUGCACAAAUUGAGUGCUGAAUGUAUACCAAAAGAUUUGAUAGAGAAGGGGCAAAAGCGUGUUAUUGAGGCAUCUCUCACGCUUAUCCGAGAGCGGGCAAAGCUAAAGGGAGAACUUCUCCGCGCUCUAGGGGGAGUGGUAGCAUCACCAACUCUUCUAGGGGUUCCUCUUGGGCAUAACUCUUCAUUUCUUCAAGGGCCUGCAUUUGCUCCUCCCCGCAUUCGAGAGGCUAUAUGGUGUGGCAGCACAAACUCUACAACUGAAGAAGGCAAAGACUUGAGUGAUCCGCGUAUCUUGACUGAUGCUGGCGAUGUGCCGGUACAAGAGUUACGAGACUGUGGGGUAGACGAUGAUGGAUUAAUGGAUAUUAUCAGUAAAUCUGUCAAGCUAGUGAUGGACGAGGUUCCACUGUGCCCCUUAGUCUUGGGGGGCGAUCACUCAAUAUCAUAUCCUGUUGUGAGAGCUGUGUCUGAGAAGCUGGGAGGACAAGUAGAUAUCCUUCACUUGGAUGCUCACCCUGAUAACUACCAUGCCUUUGAAGGAAACAAAUACUCGCAUGCCUCUAGUUUUGCUAGAAUAAUGGAAGGUGGUUAUGCCAGGCGGCUCUUGCAAGUUGGGAUUAGAUCAAUCUCAAAGGAAGGCCGUGAACAAGCUAAAAAAUUUGGCACUGAGCUAUAUGAAAUGAGGACAUUUUCCAGAGACCGCCAAUAUCUAGAAAACCUGAAACUAGGUGAGGGGGUGAAGGGUGUGUAUGUGUCUGUUGAUAUAGACUCUCUUGACCCUGCAUUUGCUCCGGGUGUAUCUCACAUAGAGCCAGGCGGUCUCUCUUUCCGAGACGUCCUCAACAUACUCCACAAUCUUCAAGGUGACAUUGUGGGUGCUGAUGUCGUUGAAUUCAACCCACAGCGUGACACUGUUGAUGGGAUGACCGCUAUGGUUGCUGCAAAGCUAGUUAGAGAACUGGCUGCUAAGAUAUCGAAGUGACACAAGUAACAAUCUACCCUUUUGCUAGUUGCUAGUAUUAAGUUUAUGCUUUUAGUCUAAUAAUAAUGGUCAUGUUUUAGUUUCCAACAAACUCAUUCAGUUUAACUUUCAAGGUACAUUCGAUUUAGUGCACUUUUGGCCUAUGUGAUGAAUAAAACAUACUGUAGCUCUAGCUUCUUCAUAUUGAAUUUAGCCUUUGUUUGGUCGCGAAGAAUUACUAACGAAAAUGCAUUCC